CAUCUCCAUCACCCACUCAUUUGUUAGUCAGCGAAUUGUCACGACCGAGUCGUGUGAAAAUCUAAGUAUUACGCUGGAAUAUCUGCGACCGGAGAAAAACAGUGACGAAGAGGACAACUACGACUGGUUUACCGCCGACGAGAGAACACGUCUGCUCCCCGGAAAGAGUGGAAAUACUAGUUUGCUGCCGAAGAUUCGGCAGUUGACUUCUAAUUUGCUUAACGUCGAGGAGGUUCGCAACAUUGCCCGCGGGCUACGUCAACCGAAUUACCAGAAGCUGUGCCAGCAGGACAAGGACCACCAGAACAUCCGAAAAAGUCAAAGGACCAUGUCGACACCAUCUACUUCCUCCGUUGGCGAUGCUGCGGCCGCCCUCUCCGGCAAUCUUCAAUUGCCGCCACUCCGCACCCUUGAUGACUUCAUCCUCGGAUCGGCCCGAUUCCAGUUGCCCAAUCUCAAGGAUUUUAAGAAGUGGGGAAAUCGGGUGGCGAAUAAUCUGCUCUACUACCAAACCAACUACUUUCUGCUCUUCCUUACCAUCUACGCUUUGAUGAUUUUCUUCAAUCCCUCAAAGAUCAUCAGUGGUCUGCUGGUUCAGGCUUUGAUUAUAGCCGUGAUCUGGCAGUUCUUCAGUGGCAAGUCGAAGAACAACUUCAUCGCCAGCCGUCUGACCGGAGGAAAUGCCAAUGCAGCGGAGCAGAAUGCCCAGCAGAAGUGGUACAUCAUGGCAGGAGCUUUGCUCGGAGGAUAUCUCUUGCUGCAUCUGAUGAGCGCUGUGCUCUUGACGGCCUUCACCCUGCUGCUCCCCAUCUCGGUGACCUUUAUCCACGCCUCCCUGCGAUUGCGGAACAUGAAGAACAAGUUUACCAACACCAUUGAAAGCUUUGGUCCCGCCACGCCCAUGGGAUCCCUAUUGGAUGCCGUCAAUGUGCGCGCCGAUGGGGUGCUCAAUUAAGUCCAGCCAUACUUAUUUGGACACGUUUGUCUCAAUUGGAGUUCACGUUUUUAUCGCUAGAUAUCCUUGUCAAUGUUGAUCUUUGCAAAACGAAAUCCCUGUAUUAUAAUUAUCAUUUUGAUCUUUAUUUUUGUAUUAUGUAUAAUUGUAUUACCAAUAUAUUACAAAUGUCAAUAAAGUUUUUUCCAGGAAAAA